UCUCCCCCAGCCCAAGCUCCCUGUGCGAUGGCCCCGCGGGCUGCAGCCAGCGCCGUCCCCUGCGCCCUGGUGGCCCUCGCGGCCUUGGGGCCCCCCGCCUGGGCCUGUCUCCUCUGCUUCACAUCCUACAGCGAGCGCCACCGCAUCUGCCGGAUCUUCGUGGGGGUGGAGGGCCCGGAAGUGGAGAAGUGUGAGAAGGCGUUCUCGGCUGCCUUUGAGGGCCUCCUGGACACUGAAAUCAAUUACGAUGAGAGAAGCCACCUGCAUGACUCCUUCACCCAGAUGACCUUCUCCCUCCAAGAGAUAGCCACUGCUCAGGGGUCCUAUGAGGUUGCCUUCCCUUACGCUGCAGAGAAAAUACAGGAGGUCAUUGCGCAGCUUAAAGAAGUUCAGGCCUGCAUCCCUCCCUGCGGGCACCAGGAGCUCUCCCGGCGUUUCCGCUGCCUCGGGUGCUACUCCAGGGUCUGCGACUUCCCGCUGGACUGCCCAAUUCAGGACGUGACGGUGCAACGGGGCGAUCAGGCCCUGUUCUCCUGCACCGUGAAGUUCCAGUUGCCCAAAGAGGAGAUCGCCUAUUCCUGGAAGUUCGCAGAAGGAGCCCGUGCGUCCCUGCAGGUGCGGACUCGGGACACGUCCUACUUCCGAGAUAUGCCCCGGGCCCGCGGGUACCUGGCGCGGAUCCGGCCAGUGCAGCCCACGCACAGCGGGACCUUCUCCUGCGUGAUCGCACACGACCAGCUCCCGCUGGCGCGCCUCUACUUCUUUCUGAACGUGACGGGCCCUCCCCCGCGCGGGGAGACCGAGCUCCAGGUCGCCUUUCGGGAAGUGCUUCGCUGGGCGCCGCGAGAGGCGGAGGGGGUCGAACCCUGGAGGCCGAGCCUGGGCGAGCUGCUGGCCGAGCCUGAGGCUCUGACGCUCAGCAACCUGUGCCUGAUCGCGGCCGCCGCAGCCUUAGCCUCAGCCGGUGUGACCCUGCUGGCGUGGAUGUUCUUUCGAUGGUACUUCAGUGGCAACUAACCAAGGUAUCUUUCUGUUCCCUAUCCUAUUUCCAUCCCUAAAAUAAAGAAUAUA